ACUCAUGUGCUUACAACAACGGUCACCAAGGUUUCGUUGUUUAUUGCCGAAUAAUGAUACAAACACCAUCCCCAUCCAUUAAUAAAUUACUGCGCCUGUGUGCCGUCGUGUCGUACGAAGUUCGACCCAACGUCACACGAAACGUGAAAAGCCUUGCGCGUAGAUCUCAGUGACCCGACCACGAAAUCAUAUGACUUGCAUGCACGUGAUUUUAUAUUUACUGUGUGAGUGUAUUUUUCUGGCAUGAGGCAAGGUGAAAUUGUGCUGCUCGUAAAUGACUCUGAACAGUGAGGGCUCGGUGAUAUGGCCCUAUUCAACAAAUUAUUCUCCAACCGAAGGGGCAUACACAAUAAGCACCAAGAUAAUGUCAGUGAGAAAUUUUUUGCAUUUAGUAAGGACCAAGUACGAGUGGUAUUAUUUAGAGAAUGUGACUUUCGGGGUCGAAAACUUCUGUUUGAUUCAAAUUCCGUUAAAAAAGUUCCCAUUAAUGUCACAAAAUCUGGAGAGCCCAUCAGAACUGCGGAAACCGAAAAAUUUUCAGAAGUGUGUAAUGGAUAUGGCUACGUGUAUACAAAACCCGAAGCAGAUUUUAGUCAACUUGCCGAAAUGGUUUUUGGCUCGGUAGCAAUGAGUUUCAGGGGAACAUAUUUCAAAAUGCACACUUUAGAAUCUCCGAAUCGACUAAUGUUUUCCCAGGUAUUUUCUAGUCCUCGAUUUACAUCUCAUAGUCGAGUUUCCGUUUCUAGUCGUAGCGAUCCUCACAGUCUUGAACAUUCCAAAUUAGAUGAUUCGGGUGCCAGCAGCACGAAUUCCAUAAGUGAACAUUUAUCAGUACAUAGUACGGCCUCAGAUACAGUUUUAGUUUGCAGACGACCUCAUAGUGCACCUUUAGAUGUCCCGGUUAUGAGCAGUGUUUCUCUGUCUAUCCCAAGUUUAAACGGCGACUCUGGUUAUGGUACUGGUUUUUCGUGUAUUAACGGACCUUCGUCCACGUGGGGAUCGAUCUUAGACGAGAAAGGUGCAUCUACGUUGUCAUUAUCCUCGAGCAGCUUAUACAAAAAGUGGUUAAGAAGAACUAGUACAUCUCUUGAGAAUUCUGGACACUCCCUUGCCACGUGUGGAUCAAUUCAAGAGGGCUGUCAUAGACACCAUCGCAGCAGCAAACUAGGACUUACGCUUAUUCUUCAACUCACACCAGGACAAGAAGAGGAAAUCAGCCAGUUCCUUAUGGAGCACGUAUCUCUCUUAGACGCCAUACUUUGGCGGGCACGACAAGUGGUGGAAAUUGCCUUCAUCAAGUCACAAAAUUUUACCUCUUUGAUGGCAGAGAUGGCACACUUCUCAGCCCAAUACCUAGUCAAUCUGCUCUCUGGUUCAUACCUCUCCAUGAAUCUGUGGCUGUCGCUGUCAAAUGGCUGUGAUAACUACAACAGUAUUAGUGCAUUUAAUGCUUCAGAUAGUGAUAAAACUGCUUCGGUGUUUUCACCAGAAUUGUGUGAAUCGCAAAAGGCAGACUUGAAUAGUUCUAAUAGUUCUGCGAGUUUGUGUAGUAGUGGAUUGUUUAAAGAAACUGAAAACAGUGGCGAUUUUCAUUUGUUUAGUUUUGCAAGAUUUUUAAAGACAGACCCAUUUAACAUUAAGAAGAAUUUGUUUGGUGAAAAUAGAACUAUUACGGCUGAGAAGUUUGUGCAAGACUUUUGCGAGUUACUAGAGGAUGUGGAUAUCAAAAAUACUAAUUUUUUCAUGAGCACUUUGUUGACGGCCGUUUUAACCUACCAUUUAGGCUGGGUCAAUACAUGUUUGCCUGCAUCCAGCGACGCUGUUCUUCAGUCUAGACACCCGUUUAACCCUCUGUGGGGUGAGCUUAGCGAUUUAUAUGGAGCGGUAGGCCAUCCGACAAAAAUAGCUCAAACUAUUAUUACUGGUAGUAAUAAGAAAGAUCUUAUUUCAAAAAUAUUGUUAUCUAUGACGUAUUUUAUCCGCUGUUGUGACGUGGAGCGGAGAAUUCCCAUACGUUCUGACAUAUAUGAGGAAAAUCAGAUCGUUGAAAAGAUUUGUCGAAAGCACUCCUGCAUUCCUAAGGAAAACUACAAGAAGUAUGAAGACCAUCUUAAGGAGAUUAUGAAUUCGAAUAAAGAUUUUUUCGCCAAAGCAAAUAAUAGUGAUAAUAUUCAUAAUUAUUGUCAAAAUAGGGAGGUAGAUGCAUCUUUAACAACACCCAACCCGUUGUUAAAAAAGUCUACAGGGUUAGCUAAAACUCAGACAUGUUUGGGCGACUUAUCUAAAUUGGCAGAAAAUGAUGCUUCAAAUUGUUUAUAUCCUAACAUUACAACAGACUAUAGUUCUCAGUCAGAACUUGUAACAACGCUCUACCCAAAGUUGAACACUUCUGAAACGACAGAAGAACAUAUGUAUCCUAGUAAUGAUGAAAUUAAGAAAAAAGUUAAUACUUUGUGUAGAGUACCAAACAGUGCAGUACUGUGUCAUAUGGAGAAACAAAAAGACUGUGCAGUCAUUCAAGAGAUGACUCAACCGCAUGUUGUAAAUAUGGAAAAACAAAUGCGAAGCACCGAUUUUAAAACAGGUAUGCAACAAUCAGAUCCUGUUUCCGACUGCAACGAAAACAGAAAUGUUGUAUUUGUUUUGGGCGAUGACGAACGACUUAUUGGAAUUAAAAAAGAUUAUAAAGUCAUUGAGAAACAACCAGAAAUUACAAAUGCCAAAAAACGAAGACCGUCGUAUCUUGAUCUUUCAAAGCAGAUUUACAAGAGCGAGACCAUGAGUUUCCAGGAUUCAGAUUUUGUGGAAAACUCGGAUAAAUCUAAAGUGAAAGCAAGUACUUCGUGGUCGUCUGUAGCGGAAAAAGAGAUCAGAGAACAAAAUGAGGCAGCUGAAACUAGUAGAAGUUCAUAUUCCAAGAAAUAUCCUCGUGCACAAAGUGAACCUCCGGAGGAAAGACAGCCAGAGGAUUCUAACAGGAAAGCUAAAUAUCGUUAUUCAGGGGUGAAAUUCAGUUUACAACAAUAUCCUCAAAUUUUGUCGAAUUACAUGAAAAGUAAGAAUGUGGAAAUUACCAAUUUACAGUUUGGUGAUAAAAGUUUGAAACUGGAUGAGCUUUCGUCGCUUAGCGAAACAAUAAUUUCGAAGUACCCUGAGUUGGACGAGGAGUACGAGGACGGAGAAGCACUUCAAACCCCAUCUAAUGCGUCUGAGUUAGAAUUUACAAGUGACUUAUUUGUGGCGCCCCUUAGCGCUAAGCAAACUAAAGAAUCAAAUGUAGAUUUGCAAUCAGGUUCCUCUGGAAAUCAAAAUAUACCAAAUACAAUAACCGAAGAGUUGAAUGAGAAUUGUGAUGACCAUAAGACUGCGCGUAAAAUUUCGAGUUGCUCAAUUCAUAAGAUGAAGGUUGCUAAUUUACCUAUGCCAAAGUCGAAAUUUUAUAAAUCUCUAAAUAGUUCUCUUAAAUAUACAUCGUCGUUAAUGAGGGCGACUAGUGACAGUUAUAUGCCUGAUAUGGUGCUUCAAGGACCAAUAGUGCCAAAGCAAGAAUGGGAAACGAGACUGAAAAGUGAUUUAGCUUUGGCGAGCCAACAUUCCCUUAUUGAUCAACCAGUGGAGGAGGCUGUUGCAGUGAUUGCAAACAUAGACACUUGGGAAGUACAGUUAAUGUCCAGUCAUACGUUUCUUAUUGACAAAGGGUCAACCGGAAUUAGAAUUGGUAUGUCCCAGCUGGUUUCAAAUAUGUUGGAAUCUCUUCUUCAAAUGUGGAAACUGAAAGUUCCACCUCACUUUUGCCUCAUGCAUAUUGAACAAACGCUUCAAGAGUUAUGUAUAAGAUCUAAGGCUCUGUCUGAGCUGUUGUUAGCAACGGAGUUUUGUAAUAUGGAACAGUUGACAUCCGCCCUGCAGCUAGAAGUUAAUGAUGUUCCUCUACUACUGGCUGUAGCCUCAACGCAUUCGCCUCAAGUAACCCAAAAAUAUGGCCUCAGCUUUCAGUAAUUGUUAAAGUCAUUCAUUUAUACUGUAUUUAUUUUUAUUUUGUACAUACUAUCGUUUUUUAUUUAUAUGGAAUAAAUUUGUUUCAAUGCA